GCCACUUGUCAGACGGUAUCACAAUCAAAGUAAUAAAUAAAUUCAUAAGAGAACCUUCAUUAAAACCCUGAAAUAUGCGGGUAAAUCAGGACAGGAGGAUGCUAAUCCACGGGUUGGUCCUGCUCAUCCUUAUGAUCGGCAGCGUUCAGGCCACCAUGAAGUUGUGCGGCAGCAAUCUGCCCGAGGCCUUGUCCAAGUUGUGCCUCUACGGCUUUAAUACCAUGACCAAACGGAAAUUGGAUCCCAUGAACUACAACCUGAUUGGAGAAGGGCAACUCGACCUGGGUUUUGACGACCGUUCACUUCUGGAAAGGAUGUUAACCGAGAGCUCCGUUCAGCUGCUGAAGACACGACGCCUUCGGGAAGGAGUCUUCGAUGAAUGCUGUUUGAAAUCCUGCACCAUGGACGAACUGCUAACGUAUUGUGCCAAGCCCAAAACGUGAAUCUCCUCUUAACCCGCUGACAACAUCUUAAAACUAUCGAAGAUAUUUUAUAAACCUGGUAAAAAAAACCAAUAACUCGAUUCGAUGUUUGGAUAUGGUAUAUAUAUGCAUGUGGGAUGUACUCAAGUAUGUGUAUGCGCAUAAUUUAUUAUCGGAAACCAGAGACAGACACGCAAAAUGAAUCGGAACACGGGAUGUUAUGCUUGGUACAUGGGUAUAAAUAAUUAAAUAAAUUAUGUAUUCAAACUGCUGCA